UGGAGUAUCAAUCGCAGAAAUCGAAAACGAAAGCACGUUUUGUACUCUGGCUUUAGUAUUUCCUGCACAAAGCUUAGGAACAAGAAGACUCUAAACAGGUUAGUGAUGCACUUAUAAAUAAUUACUUUAUAUGUCUUUUGCCGUCAAUUUGCUAGCGGACGUCUUCUUGCCAGCUAAAUACGGACUAAAGAGGCAUUUUGCUGGUAUUUUACGAGCAGUCCACCUCGUCGUGUACACUUGGCAGAUUCUACAUUAUUUUGCUUAAAGAAACGCAAUGGAAAUCAUCUUAAAAGAAAAUAAAAUAAAACUCAUCCGUUGGCUUAGUGCGGAUACCUUGAUUUUGCAACACGUUCAAUCUGCAAAUCUCAUAACAAACACGGAGUACGAGAAACUGAAGUCUAUAACAGUUCCUACGGAUAAAACUAUUGAACUUCUGGACAUCAUCCUAAGAAAGGGUGAAAAUGUGUGUCGAGAAUUUCUGGAUUUGCUCAAAAAGGAUGAUGUGAAUGAAAUGUAUCCUGAACUCAGAAACUGGGUUAAAACUGUGAAGAUUUCCGAGACUACAAACAGAGCAGGAUCACAAGGCACCCAAAUUACAAGUAAUAUCUGUGCAUCGGAUGAAAGCAGUGUAUUUGCUCCUUCCUUAACAAAUUCGCAUCUAGGCUCCAUUAAUAUGAAUAUGGUUGUAAACUCUGGCAGACCAGUUGUGGUUAAAAAGUUCCAGAAAACUGAGAGAGGAGAGCCUUCUGAUAACAGGCCAAUACAAGGUUUUAAGAAGUUUCUGAAAAGCAACACCAGUGACUUGGUUCAGAAUGUGAAGAACAUCGAUCCAAUUCUUGAUGAUCUUAAUUUACACGAUGAACAACUUGCAAAUGUCAGAGUGCUUACAACAAAUCAAGCCAAGAUGAGAAAACUGCUUGACUACAUGAAUUGUGAAAGUAUUGCUGAGCGCCUGUUCAAUGCUUUGCUAGAGCAUGAAGAGGAUCUCAUGAAAGAGCUGCAAAACUAAAAGAAUUGUUUACCCUACAGUUCGGCAGCAAAUUUUAUUAUGGAUAUUUCAAUGAGUCAAUCAUAAGUGGCAAAAUGUAAUUCUGGUUAAUACUAAUACAUUCCCAUGGUUUUUAAUAAGUGAUUGGUGGUGAAAUUUUAGAAAUGUAGUUUUACCUCAAAAACUAUACUUAGCUUUGUAAUAUGGAAGGCCAGAGUGCAUGUACUAUCAUUGAUGAGACUGUAAUCCCUCACAGCCUUGUUUUCAUUCACAUCAAAGAUGGCGCUACUGUGAAUAAGGUCUUUAUUUUUUAGUUAUGUUUAUUUGCAUGAUUAUAAAAUAAUUAUGGGGAUUUGGGGUUUGUUUUUGUAAAAGGUUUCAUUACUGAAUUUUGUAAUUUAAUACUUACCAUCGUUUUCUGUUUUUGGUUGAGCCAUCAGGUACAGGUACUUUAUAUAAAUUAUCUUUAGGCCCUACUUGAUGCAAAGGAUGUUUUUUGUUCUUUGGCUUGGUCUAUUGUUUUCAUCCUUGUCUUUUUGGUGUGUUUUGCUAAAUGUCUCUAAGGAGUAGGAGUUAUAUUUUGUUAAGAUGCAUUUUUUCUUAUAAUUUUUAUAUUAUGCUCAUUGUCUCAAGAUCUGUUUUAAUGUUAUUUUUUUUAUAAUUGGACAGUAUGGUAGUUUAAAUUAUUAGUUUACUGGUAGUUUACAGAUAGUAAACAGUAGUUUACCAUUGUGUCAGCAAUCCAAUAAUAUAAAGGUCAUUACCCCUGCAUGUUUUUAAAGGGUGAAAAAUACAAAUGUAUUUUUGUACUACUCAUGUCCUUAGUCCAUUAAUUGACAAGUUCUAUUACAAACAAUAUACCACUGGCCGGCCUUCUUCCCAAUUGUGAGAGAGUUUACUUCAAAAACAUUUUGACUGUGAACAUAAACGAGUGUGCCCACAAGUGCCCUUAUUAACAAAUAGAAACAAAAACUUGAAAUGUCCAACAUAAUGUAAAUAUACAGAUACUGUAACUAUUUACCAAUGAUAAAAAUGUUAUCAAUUAACCCCAAAACUGUUCCACUGGAAUAAUAUCACAUACAGUAUGUUUAUUUUCAAAUGAAAUUUAUGAUUCAAUAGCCAUUCAAUAAAUGGGUUGAACUUAA